AUGUCUCUUUAUACCUGGAGUCUUGAUCGCAAAACCUUGGGCCUUGGGUGGCUGCCGUUCCACUCGACGAUGGUCCACUGGAGAUUCUCGGACGCGGUGUACGCGGUGCUGGUGAUUCUGCUGGACGGGCUGAUUUUCGAGCGAAUUGAGCCGUACCAGAGACAGUUCACCGUGAACGACCUUACAAUCAGCCAUCCGUUUGCGCCUGUCGAGCGCGUGAGCGGUAAGAUGCUGCUUUGGAUUGUCACCGUUUCUCCGCCCGUGAUUAUCGCUUUUUGCGUUCUGUUGCUCACCCCUAAACAGCACAAGUUCUAUGUUCUCUACGUCAGCAUACUAGGACAGUUCGUUGCCCUGGGAACGUGCGUGUUUGUCACAGACGUGUUCAAGAACUGGAUUGGCAGGUGCCGGCCCGAUUUCCUCGACAGAUGCCAGCCAGACCCGACAGCGAUCAAAGAUACCCUCUACUACGCAAAGGAGAUCUGCACCACCAAGUACAAGCAAAGGCUCCUGGACGGUUUCCGCACCACCCCGUCGGGCCACUCCAGCAUGAGCUUUGCAGCAUUGGGCUACACGUCUCUCUGGCUCCUGGGCCAGCUGCAGGCUACGAGAACCGAAGUGGGGGCAUGGCGGUCUGUCGUGGCCAUGCUGCCCGCGUUGUAUGCUUUCUACGUGGCCAUGUCGCGCACACAGGACUACCGCCACCAUUUUGUGGAUGUGCUGCUCGGCUCGGUGCUCGGUUCGCUGCUGGCCUGGUGGUCCUACAGAAGAGUCUUCCCGGCCGUAACCAGUCCCAAAAGCCACCUGCCGCACGCCCUGACAGAUUCCGAGCACACCUACUCCAGACUCGGCAAUGAGACUUACCCGCUCACGUCGCACCCCGAUGACGCCAACUCUGAGAUCCGCUCCGCUGUGUAA